AUGGAAGCAAAAGGCAAGGGGCCUGCAAUCGGAAUUGAUUUGGGGACGACCUACUCAUGCGUGGGCGUGUGGCGCCACGACCGCGUCGAGAUCAUAGCCAAUGAUCAAGGUAAUCGCACGACGCCGUCAUAUGUCGCUUUCGCCGACGGGGAGCAUCUCAUUGGCGAAGCCGCCAUUAACCAGGCCGGCAUGAAUCCCGCAAACACGGUCUUUGUUGCACAGUAUAUAUGUGAGGUGUUGAUAUUGGUACUUGUUCAUAUUAAGAAACAAACCUACUCUGCCUCUAACCGUAUUGGGCGAUAUGCAGAUGCCAAGCGGCUGAUCGGGAGACGAUACAGUGACGCCUCUGUGCAAGCCGACAUAAAGCUGUGGCCUUUCAAGGUUAUCCCGGGCCCCACCAACAAGCCCAUGAUUGUGGUCUCCCACAACGGCGAGGAGAAGCACUUCCCCCCUGAGGAAAUAUCGUCCAUGGUACUCACCAAGAUGGCCGCCAUUGCCGACUCCUUUCUGGGCCCCACCCCUGUCCGGGAUGCCGUCAUCACCGUCCCGGCCUACUUUAGCAACUCUCAGAGACAGGCUACCAAGGAUGCCGGUGCCAUUGCCGGCCUCAAUGUCAUCCGCAUCAUCAACGAGCCCACUGCUGCUGCCAUUGCCUAUGGCCUCAACUACAAGGGAGAGAAGAAGAACGUGUUGGUCUUUGACUUAGGUGGUGGCACCUGUGACGUCUCCAUCCUCACAAUAUCAAAGGGUACCUUUGAGGUGAGGGCCACUACUGGCGACACUCACCUUGGCGGGGAGGAUUUCGACAACCGCAUUGUCGAUCACUUUGCCAAAGAGUUCAAGUGCAAGUACAACAAGGACCUUUCCGAAAACCCGCGGGCCCUACGGAGGUUGAGGACAGCUUGCGAGAGGGCGAAGAGGGUUCUCUCGACCAAUACUAAGACUCACGUGGACGUUGAGUGUUUGCACGAGGGAAUUGACUUCCACUCUAGCAUUACUCGUGCUAAAUUCGAGGAUCUCAACAUGGACCUGUUCGAAAAAUGCGUCGAGCCCGUCGAGAGCUGCCUGAGAGAUGCUGGGGUGGAGAAGACUGCCAUCCAUGAUGUCGUUCUCGUUGGAGGCUCGAGCAGGAUUCCCAAGGUUCAGAAGAUGCUGCAGUGUAUUUUCGAGGGAAAGGAGCUGUGCAGGAGCAUUAACCCAGAUGAGGCUGUUGCGUACGGGGCUGCCGUGCAGGCGGCUGUCCUAAGUGGCAUAGGGGAUGACAAGGUGCGGGACAUUGUCCUCCGCGACGUGACCCCUCUCUCCCUCGGAAUAGAAACUACCGGUGCUGUCAUGUUUGUCGUGGUCCCGCGUAACACAACAGUCCCCACCCAGAAGGAGCAACAAUUCACCACGAGUGUCGAUGACCAAACAUCUAUGAGACUCCCGGUCUACGAGGGCGAGCGGGCGAGGUCAAUAGACAACAACCUGCUCGGGAAUUUCACGUUGAAGGGAAUACCACCUGCCCCGAGGAGCCUGCAGAAGGUGGACGUGUGCUUUAAAAUUGACGUCAACGGCAUACUCAGUGUGUCGGCCAAAGAGAGGUCGACGGGCAGAACAAACGGGAUCACUAUAACAAACGAAGAAGGGAGGUUGUCGAAAGAGGAGAUUGAUAGGAUAGUGUGGGAUGCCGCCAGGCACAAGGCAGAGGAUGAAGAGAUUAAGAGGAGGGCCGAAGCUAGGAACAUCCUCGAGAGUUAUGCUUAUAAUGUGAGGAACACUGUCAAGGCUGCAGCUGGGCUGGCGGUGGCCGACAGGACAAUGGUGGAGUAUGCGGCGACGUUGAUUAUUGAGUGGGUGCGGGUGAAUUGGAUGAAGGCCAGUGUGGAUGAGCUCAACAACAAUAUGAGGAAGCUUGAGUGCUUUUGCAGCCCUAUCAUUAAUAAAGUUAAUAUGGAGUCCGGUGGAUUGUUUUCCUGGGCAAAACUCAAAAUGGCAGAGCAUGUCUUUCUUGUCGGACUUUCUGGAAAACUAUUCAUUCCUCGGCAGCAAACAGGCAGAUGCUUUGGAGGGACGCAUUGCCAUUGCAGGCUUGCAGCCUAUGAGGCAGAGGAUAUGCCCAAAUCCCGUACAGUCGAUCAAGUUCAAGCUGCGUUCUGGAGUCAUGGAAAUAAAUUCAGUCUCAUUGAUUUCUUGAUUGAUCUUUGUACAGCCACAAGUCAUGCUAAUGUAUCUGAAAAGACGCUCACUCUAAAGGGCACUCGUAUCCGCACUUUCGUUCACUUUGUUCAUUCAGUAAUGGCCGCAAAAGGCGAGGGGCCUGCAAUUGGAAUUGAUUUGGGGACCACCUACUCGUGCGUGGGCGUGUGGCACCACGACCGCCUCGAGAUCAUAGCCAAUGAUCAAGGAAAUCGCACGACGCCGUCCUAUGUCGCUUUCACCGACGGCGAGCGCCUCAUCGGCGAAGCCGCCAAGAAUCAGGCCGGCGUGAAUCCCGCAAACACCAUCUUUGAUGCCAAGCGGCUGAUUGGAAGACGAUACGGCGACGCCUCUGUGCAGGCCGACAUAAAGCUGUGGCCGUUCAAGGUCGUCCCGGGACCCACCAACAAGCCCAUGAUUGUGGUCUCCCACAAGGGCGAGAAGAAGCAGUUCCCCCCUGAGGAGAUAUCGGCCAUGGUUCUUACCAAGAUGGCCGCCAUUGCCGACUCAUUUCUGGGCCCCACCCCCGUUCGGGAUGCCGUCAUCACCGUCCCAGCCUACUUUAGUGACUCUCAGAGACAGGGCACCAAGGAUGCUGGUGCGAUUGCCGGCCUCAAUGUCAUCCGCAUCAUCAAUGAGCCAACUGCCGCCGCCAUUGCCUAUGGCCUCGACUACAAGGGAGAGAAGAAAAAUGUGUUUGUCUUCAACUUAGGUGGUGGCACCUGUGACGUCUCCCUCCUCACGAUCGACAAGGGUACCUUCGAGGUGAGGGCCACCGCUGGCGACACCCAUCUUGGCGGGGAGGAUUUCGACAACCGCAUUGUCGCUCACUUUGCCGCCGAGUUUCAGCGCAAAUACGACAGAGACCUCUCCCAAAACCCCCGAGCCAUACGGAGGCUGAGGACAGCCAGCGAGAGGGCCAAGAGGAUUCUAUCGACCAACACUGAGACCACUGUGGAUAUUGAGUGCCUGCACGAGGGAAUCGACUUCCACUCUAGCAUUACCCGUGCUAAAUUCGAGGAUCUCAACAUGGACCUGUUUGAAAAGUGCGUCGUGCCCGUCAAGAGUUGCCUGAGAGACGCUGGGGUGGACAAGACUAACAUCCAUGAUGUCGUCCUGGUUGGAGGCUCGACCAGAAUUCCCAAGGUUCAGAAGAUGCUGCAGAUUAUUUUUGAGGGGAAGGAGUUGUGCAGGAGCAUUAACCCGGAUGAGGCCGUUGCAUACGGGGCUGCCGUGCAGGCAGCCAUCCUAAGUGGCAUAGUGAACGACAAGGUGCGGGACAUCGUCCUCCUCAACGUGACCCCUCUCUCCCUAGGAGUGGAAAUUGCAGGGAAGGUGAUGUCUGUUGUGGUCCCGCAGAACACGAGUGUCCCCACGCAGAAGGAGCGAAAAUUCACUACGAGUUUCGAUGAUCAGACAUCUGUGAGUUUCCAUGUCUACCAAGGCGAACGGGCGAGGUCAACGGACAACAACCUGCUCGGGAAGUUCAAGCUGAAUGGGGUCCCACCUGCCCCUCGACGUCUGCCCAAACUUGACGUGUGCUUCAAAAUCGACGUCAAUGGGAUACUGAGUGUGUCAGCCAAGGAGAGGUCGACGGGCAAUAUGAACGGGAUCACUAUAACCAAUGAAGAAGGAAGGCUAUCGAAAGAGGAGAUUGAUAGGAUAGUUUGGGAUGCUGCGAGGUACAGGGCAGAAGACGAAGAGUUUAAGAGGAGGGCCAAUGCCUGGAGGAGCCUCGAGGAUUAUGCUUAUAGUGUGAGGAACACAGUCAGGGCUGCAACUGGGGUGGCGACGACCGACAGGAAAAAGGUGGGGGAUGCGGCUGUGUCGGUUAUUGAGUGGGUGGGGGAGAAUUGGAUGAAGGCCAGUGUGGAUGAGCUGAACCAUAAGAAGAGGGAGCUUGAGCGUCGAUUAUUGAGUGGGUGGGGGAGAAUUGGAUGA